AUGGGCAGAUAUUCAUUGGCAGCGCAGGCCAUCUGCCUCUUAUCGAGCAUACACUCUGCUCUCGCAUAUAUUCCAGCUAGGGCUGCAAACAUUAGCCAGGGUCUCGGCCUCGACGUCCACGACAAUUCCAAGGUCACCCUGACAUGGAACCCCAGCGGAACCUAUGAGACUGUGGUUUCCUAUCAGCAGAUGGGCAAUAAUUCUCAAGGUAUCUCAAAGGGCGCGCUCAUUCCAAUCCGCGAAGAAGAUUUUACAAAUAAUGAUACCACAACCACGCCCUGGAUUGCGCUUAUUGGAUGCGACUACAAUGCCACCAACGCCUCUAUGGAGCUCGACAUAUUCACUAUGGUUCGAGACCGAGGCGCUAGAGCCGCUCUCUUGUAUUCAAACACCUCGGACGGCUGUUUACUCAAUGAAGGAUAUCGAACGGGAGAUUUUGAACAAAUCUUUGAUAUUUUCACAUCCAAAACGGCCGCUAAUUCUAUCAUCAUCCAGUCCCAGUUUCGCAUACUCGAACACAAGUACACCGUAUGGGAUCCUGCUCUUCUCACAGCCAACAACCAAAGCGUUACCUCUGCCCUUUAUCGUAAUGCACUCAAUACCUCGCCCUAUUUGGUCGCGGCGCUAAGAGCAUGGAAUGCGACUGGAGAAGAGAGUGCAGAUGAUCCGAGCGCUGUUCCGACGACGGUCUAUAAUCCUUCAACUACGCACGACAGCGAGCCAAGCCAGAGUUUGGCUAUGAUCAUUCUCUACGUGAUCAUCAGCUUGGUAUCGGCGCUUUUUAUCAUUGUCAUUGUCUCGGGGGCUGUCCGCGCUUUCCGCCACCCGGAACGCUAUGGACCAAGACUGUACGAUCCGACACUGGAAGGAGAUGAAGGUCAGCCGCAAACAAGGGCAGCUGGACUUACCCGCGCGAUUCUCGAAACGUUCCCUGUCAUCAAGUUUGGCCGCACCAACGACCAGAUGCAGAACCAAUCUACACGCACUUAUCGUCAAGAAAUGAAGAAGUGGAGUCUGGAGAACGGCGAGCAGCCAUCACGAGACCUCUUGCAGCCAGCGCACGGGCAACCAAACUCGGUCUUUGAUGCCUCUCGACAAGCUUCGCCCAUUAGACAUAGUUCCGAGGUUGCGAAUCGUGCUAUGAGACCUCAUUCUACAGAGAUGGCACCGUCCACAUCGGAUGCUUCUGAUACGCAGCAGCUCGAUCCCGCCGCCAUCGGAAACCAAACCUGUCCUAUCUGCAUCGUCGAUUUCGAAGAAGGCGAUGACGUUCGCGUACUACCGUGCGAGGGGAAGCAUCGUUUCCACAAGGAUUGUGUGGACCCAUGGCUGUUGGAGCUUUCGAGUUCUUGUCCCAUAUGCCGUGAAGAUUUUCAUGUGUUGGAAGAAAUGGCCGUCGCUGCGGAUGGUCGUGACCGUGAGCGUUCAGAAUCUGGUCACAGAGAAGAGGAAGACCAUGUCCCGCCGGCAGAACACCAUACCUCGUCCCGCUUCACGCGCUAUCUUCGGUUCGCGAACAAGAGGAGACGAAGUCAGCGCUCUAGCCAGCAACCGCCAGACAACGCAGCGGUGUCGCCGACCCCGGCGUAG